AUGCGAAAGUUGGAAUGGGACGACAUGGGAGUGAAGGUUGAUGGUCGGCAGCUAAACCAUUUGCGCUUUGCUGAUGACAUCCUACUUAUAACACCUAGCAUCAGCGAAACGGAACGAAUACUGACCGAAUUCGACGAAACACGUAGAUGCAUCGGUCUUCAGCUGAAUCUGCAAAAGAUGUUCAUGCGAUUAAAAAACCAACUCCAUCGGGCGUCCCAAACGGUCUUCAUCUUCAAUGGAAUACUCGCCCGACGCGAGCUUCGAGUGCCACGUGUAGACUGUACUUCUAGCAGGGAUGUGCUCCUUGUAAACCUCCUUCAAACGUCUAUCGAUAUCCGCACGUUCUUGGCCAGAUAG